UACUCUGUCAACCACUACAAAAACCUCAAAAUGUUUUUUUUUCUGUAAGGCAGUGUGCGUUCCGGCCCUCGGUCAGAAUGACAUGCUCAGUAAUAUGCUAUCACGGUUACGUAGUACAAGGGCAGGGCAGUGUGGUCUGUAAGAAUGAUGGAACGUGGAGCGGUACACCUGGAUAUUGCAGAGAUAACCAAAUGCCCGUCAUUGGACACAAAACAAGUAACAUAUUUGUCAAUGCUGCUUUGGACAGUAAUCAAGCGGUUGUAAAUUAGGAACAAGACAAGCCAAGAGUGACAGACAACUCCGGAAUGGUGCCAAGUGUGAGACUUUACAUAGGCGGACGAGAAAUAAAAGGUGGGGGCUAUAGACAUACUUUCAAGAUAGGUGUAACCACAGUGAAAUACGUGUUUACAGAUGACAGUGGUAAUAGCGCCGAUUUCUUCUUCAGAGUGAAAGUCCGAGAUGUCCAGCCACCGACCAUAACCUGCCCCAAAGUUGACCCAGUGGUGUCUACGGACAGAGAGGUCGACGUGUCCUGGGUCCAGCCAACGGUAACGGACAACAGUGGCAAACCCGUGACGGUGGUCAGCAAUGUUAGUCCAGGGAAGUUUUACUGGGGGAGGUACAAGAUAGUCUAUGACGCCAGAGAUGAAGCUGGAAACCGCGCAAGUUGCUCUUUCACGAUUCACGUACAACCCCACAAGUGCUUGAUCUCCACACACCUAUCAACGGAGCUGUCAGCUGUGACAUGGCUGGAUUCGGAAUGCUCUGUACACUCCAGUGCCAAAACCCGUACGAUUUCGACUUGCCAGCCGGCAUGACGUCCGUGCCAAACUACUACGCGUGUGGAGGGGCUGGAAGGUGGACUCCAACCACCCUAGUGCCCGACUG